CUCCCACCACUGUUACUACUACUACUACUACUGCUGCUGUCGCCGCUGCCACUGCUGCUGCUGCUGCUGCUGGUGGUGUUGUUAGUGCAGCCAUAUUGUCUGUCAGUCAGUUUAUUUAGCAGUGGUGACUACUGACUGCUCCCAGCCUUCACUGCCUCUGACACUCAUUUACAGCCAGUUGAGAAAAAACCCCCCCUUUUUUUGACGACACAAUCAUGGAAGACAAUGGAGACUGGACUGUUGUUGUAAGGUCAGGCCCACCACAGCCUGGUGGCCCUCCUGGCCCACCACAAGGCCCUCCUCAGCCUGUCCAGCAAAGUAAACGGUUGCAACAAACACAGGCUCAAGUUGAAGAGGUUGUAGAUAUUAUGCGCGUGAAUGUUGAUAAAGUUUUGGAAAGAGAUUCUAAAAUCUCCGAACUGGAUGACAGAGCAGGUUAGCUUUAUUAAAAUUUCUUUUCUUACAUGACAUGCAAAUAUAAUUUUU